UUGGGUCCUGCCUGCUUCACUCAACCCUGACAAAAUCAUCUUUAAGUCAGAAUUCAGUUUUUUUUUCUCAGAAUCAAAGUGUUUUUUUUACUUUCAGUCACAUCCCAAAACAUUGUCCUAAUGUGGCCCUAAUCCUCUUCCGUACUUUUUCACUUUUUCCCUUCAUCAUUAACUGGCAUGUCCAUCAUGUAUGUUGUGAAUGUGGAAAUCAGGCUCUUGCACAUGGGGUGGUAUUUCUCAAUAAUGGAGUGUGAUAAAAAAAAAUGUAUAAAUCUGUCCAGAAGAGUUGCGAGCGUCCCUGAGCCCUCAUGAGCUCACAGCUUUUAAGUCAUGCGUCGAACUAUGAGCGACAGUUAGGUGUUAGAUAACAGAGGGCGUUGGUGUAGACAUAUAAAGACUUCAUGAGAAGUGAAUAGGAGCGGCAUCUGUUGGAAACCUGAAAAACAGAGGGGCAGGUAGUUUUCCUGUUAACGUCAGAGAAGACCUUUGAACAAGAAGCUCCCCCUCUGCAUUUUGACCCAGAACACAAAGCUGAACCGCAGGGAGACAAAUCGUGUCUUAAGACAACAUCAAGGGUGGGGUAUUUACCUGGUAAAGCUAGUAUUUGAUGAAUUAUGGAUGAAUGCCGGUGACUCUCGGGUGCCGUUUCAUUCAUGAAACAUCAGCUGCUGCCACGUUCUUUCACAAGAGAGAUCACCUUACACUGAGCCUUGACCCCAGCGUUUUUCAACAAUGCGACAUCUUCAGAGGAUGAGGAGUGUUUUCAAAUGUGUGCUCUUUGUUCCCAUCGCACUCUGUGCUAUCUACUUAAUAUCUCCAUCUGUAAAACUUUUAAUAGGCUUCAUACCUAUGGAGAAAUGCCAUUUGGAAAGUGCAAAAAAUCUGGACAGCAGUGUGGACGCCAGCCUCAAUCUUCAGUCCAGACCUGAUGUGCAAACCUGUACAUAUUGGAAAGCUGCCAUCAUCUGGGAAGGGCUGUUUGACGCCCGCCUCUACGACGAGAUGCACAAGAUGAAAGGAUCCUCUGUGGCUCUAACAGUCUUUGCUGUGGGCAGAUACCUUGAUGCUUACCUACACACAUUCCUGAACUCAGCCGAGCAACACUUUAUGGUGGGUUUGCCCGUGACCUACUACGUGUUUACGGACAUGCCAGAGAAGGUGCCUAACAUCAAGUUGUCUCCUCUGAGAAGCAUGAAGGUGAUCAAAGUGGAGAAGAACUCCAGGUGGCAGGACAUCUCUAUGAUGCGAAUGAAGAGCAUAUCAGAUGUGAUAGAGUCUGAUAUUCGCCACCACUGCACGCACGUCUUCUGCUUUGAUGUGGAUCAGGUAUUUACCGGCAGAUUUGGAUCAGAGGCUCUUGGGGAUUCAGUGGCUCUGCUCCACGCCCACUACUACCACCUUCCAAAGUAUUUUUAUACCUACGACCGCAACCCAAACUCCAAGGCGUACAUGAAAACUGGGGAUUUUUACUACCACGCUGCCAUCUUCGGAGGCUCGUGGAAGAAUGUGAAAGCGUUGACCGAGGCCUGCUAUCAGGGCAUCAUGGAGGACAAACAGAACAAUGUUGAAGCUCUGUGGCACGAUGAGAGCCAUCUGAACAAGUACAUGCUGCUCCACAAACCCAGCAAGGUUCUCUCUCCAGAGUACUGCUGGGAUACCAGCAUCGGUUUCAGGCGCGACAUACAAGUCACCCGAUUACUGUGGGCACCAAAAUAUUAUGACACACUUCGCACACCUUAAAAACUUGACAAAUGCUAACAAAUGUAAUGUCUCAGGUUCUCGUGCUCCCUGGCUCAUUUUGUUCUCUCAGGAAUUACUUUGCAGAUCUGCAAGUAUUUUCAUAAUGGAGUGACAACUUCUUAUAUAAAUACACGCUUUUAUUUUACCCGGAUAUCAAAUGUUUUUGUUGCAUCUGGUUACAGAUGUAUAUAAGUCAACUUUUUACAUGUUUGAUCAAACUGUCUGCACUUGUUGAUCCAGCUUAUUUAUUUGUAUGUCACUUUGCGAAAUGCCACUCUAUCUCUGUUUUUAACUGAUAGUUAUUGACACUCAAAUGUUGUCAAAUUUUUUAUACAUCUCAAUAGCAGUGGA